CUUUUGUCCCUCUCCUUUACUUCUGUCUGUAAUUGCUUCCAAUUCCUUCGAUAACCCCCUCUCUUUUCUCCCUCCUUCUGUGAGCUAAGAAUGGCCCACGAAUCAAACAGCCCUUCGGCGAUACCCCAGAGAGUCGAUUCGCAACCUGAAAAUCCCUAUUCGCAACUCAUCACCGAUCAACAAUUUGUGGUGGUUCCGUACUUCAAGCUCGAAUCAGGCGUGACCCUGCACAAUGUCCCCAUAUCCUACACGACGCGGGGUCAAUUGUCCCCCGAGGCCGACAACGCGUUGGUGAUAUGCCAUGCGCUGAGUGGUAGUGCCGAUGUGGCCGACUGGUGGGGUCCUCUGCUGGGUGGUCCCGGCCAGGCUUUUGAUACCUCGCGAUUCUACGUGAUCUGUCUGAACAGUCUGGGGAGUCCGUAUGGGAGUGCUAGUGCCGUCACUUACAAGGAUGGAUCCCCGGAGAACGGCCUCUAUGGUCCGGAGUUCCCUCUGACGACUGUACGCGACGAUGUCAGAAUUCACAAGAAGGUUCUCGACUUCCUCGGCAUCCGCCAGAUCGCCGCCGUCGUGGGUGGGUCCAUGGGUGGCAUGCUGACCCUGGAGUACGCCUACUUUGGCAAGGACUACGUGCGGGCCAUCGUUCCGAUUGCCACGUCUGCACGCCAUUCGGCCUGGUGUAUCAGCUGGGGUGAGGCUCAGCGACAGAGCAUCUACAGUGACCCGAAAUACGAUGAUGGCUAUUAUUCGUUCGAAGAUCCCCCGACCACCGGUUUGGGGGCGGCCCGCAUGUCGGCUCUCUUGACCUACCGGAGCCGCAACUCGUUCGAGUCUCGGUUCGGUCGCAAUGUGCCCGACCCGACGAAGCGACAAAACAUCAAUGGCACGCAGCGGUUGCCCAGCCCAACGAAUGAGCACUGGGCGAUCCACAAUGAUGGCCACCGGGCCAGCGAGCGUCAUUCGCCUGCGCCGCAGCAAGAGUCCACUCCUGCGGAGAUCCAGUACACGGAUCCGCAGUUCUCCGGAACCAAGACAUUCAGCAAGACCAUCGAGUCCCGCAUCAAUGGAGACGGCAAAAAGCGCCCCCAGACUUAUUUCUCCGCCCAGUCGUACCUCCGAUACCAGGGAGACAAGUUCGUGAAGCGAUUCGACGCCAACUGCUACAUCGCCAUCACCCGGAAGCUGGACACCCACGAUGUGUCGAGGCACAGAGUCAGUCCGUUGUCGGCGGAUCCGGUGCGGGAAGCACUGUCGCAGGUGGAACAGCCCGCGUUGGUGCUGGGCAUCGAGAGCGACGGGCUCUUCACCUUCGAGGAACAGCAGGAGGUCGCCGCGGGCAUCCCAGACUCGCGGCUCAAGCGUAUCGACAGCCCCGAGGGUCACGACGCGUUCCUGCUCCAAUUCGAGCAGGUCAACCACUACAUCCUGGACUUCUUCCGGGAGGUUCUGCCGGACAUCAUGGCCCGGCCGCCCGUUGGUGACGUGGUGGCAGGUGCUGACGGAGUCAACCGACUGACCAAGAGCAGCACCUUCGGCGAGGCGGAGGUGGAAGACAUCACCGCGUGGUAAAAUGAAUGGACAGAAACCCAUUCAACGAACCUUGGCGCAGCAAUUGCAGCCUUGAAUCGGACCUCCGACCCUCUCUCUCUCUCUGCAGUGGCAGGGGGUCGUCUCCGGGCACUUUUCCAUCCUUCCGAUGAAGAGAAAAGAAGGGGCCCGUCGGGACGCCCGCUCCAGUGCAGGGAAGACAGGGUCGGAGCACCCCUGGGGAAGUAGCGAUGCAGUCUUUUGAUAUUCUUGUUUUAAAAUCUUUACACAUUCAAAGCCAGUCAGGAAGAUGCGCAUCCAACUGCCUCUUCCGUCGCCUCGUUGAUCAAUCGAUCCAACAGGUUAGGGCUGUCAAAGAAGCAUCCAACUGCUCUCCAUCAGAAAGCUCUCAGCUUUAGGGAAUCUUUCUCGAACCGAAAGACCCACCGCGAGGGUGGUGGGCGACUAUUAUUUUAUUCUACUCAUAGAACUUUUUUCAACGUAUAGAUAGACAACAUAACAAUGAAAAAUCG